CGAAUAUCUAUCCAUACGGUUGUCUACCUUGCCCUUGCACUUGCAGUCUUGCACUCAUCGCUCCAACUCCACCAUUCCUCCCACUUGCCGCUCUCGUUUGUCCUCCAAUCUGCUGGGCCCCAGCUUGACAGCUUACUGCUAUCUGACGGCCGUGGGCCCGCCUGUCUCACCGAUACAUCCAUCAUACAUACUCACUUCCUGUCCAUAUCCGUCGGAUCCAAGUGGGUGCACAGUGUCUGGCACUUUUCAGCCCGCCCCUUUCUGUUUCUACCGAACCAUUACCGCUAUUUAGUCCUGGAACUCCAUCCCGAUAAGCGGUGUACGCUAGUUAGCCAUCACACUCCACUCCUGGUCCUCCCGUAUUUUUGCAUCUUCCCGUCGCUAUUCCCACCGACCGGCGACCGCGCACGUACGAAGAACGGAUAACAGACCGCAACAUUCACCAUGACAGGCGUAGGGUUCUCCGUCGGUGAUGUGCUCGCUGCUGCGACUCUUGCCACGCAGCUAUGGAUGGCCUGCUUCUCGAAAAUGAGCGCUGCCCACCUGGCCUAUGCGCGGUACGGGGAACAACUCCAGGGACUCGGAGGCUGUCUGCACGACUUGUGGAAGAUACUGUCGGAUCAUGAGAACAGGCUCGUGGAGCGGGACCGAGGCCGGCUCAAGAUGGAUUCGGUGGAUCUCAACGCCCUUGCGAUAAUCAUCGGAGAUUUCAAGGGAACCUUAGACAGAACCACCAAACUGAUGGAUAAAUAUGCAGUGUUUAAGAAAGAUCCCGCGGCGCCAGAUAAACGCGGAUACGUUUUGCGGAUGAAAUGGUCGAUCGAUGCCGAACGAGAGGUACACCAGCUCACCCAGGACUGUGCCUUUCAUAUGACGAAAAUCCAGUUCGUGAUGGAGCCUCUGAAACUAAAGCUCCAGUUGCAUAUAAGUGACCACAUCCAGAGUGUCCGAGACGACCUAAUGGCACGGUUGCGUCAGAUCGAAGCCCUAAUCCGAAACGCCCAAACAGUCGGCCACAGAAACCCCGACGAUAUUAUUUCUCCGGUGGACCUUGAGAUAAGCCCCGUCACUCCGCCGGAAGCACAGCCGCGCCGGGCCAGCGCGCCAGUAUCGCAGAAUUUGACGACUGGACGUCUUGGAGAAAAGUUCGAGGAAACGAUGCGUCACCACCCCCGGUUUCGAAGCAUUCUCCCCGAAAUUCCCAUCGAGGACUGGUGUGAGGCUGCGGCAUGGUGGAUUGAGAGCGGAAUUACCUCAAGAGACCAAGAGAUUUUCGGAUUAAACACUGUCCCAGCGGAGCGUUAUCUUAACGUGUUGAAGGCUGCAUGGCUGCUGGCCAAAUGCGAAGAGAGCAUGGUCUAUCGGCGACUAGAGACUGAUUCUCUCUGGGCCCAGUAUGUAUGCAGGUUAACAGAGUCUAUCGCCAAAGAGCUCUCAAACAUCCGCACUCGAGGUUUAUUGAUUCCGGAUGAAGAUAGUCUUUUGCGCCUGCCAGAUGAAUGUUUCGAUGUGUGGCUCAACAACGCCGAGAAAGAAGUGCCCUUGAGCAUUCGUGAUGAGCGACCCGGAGAAGAGAAGAUUCUGGAAUUGACUCUGCAGACGACCUUGGAUCCAGACCGGUUCACGAGAGAGCUUUUGGUAUUCCGGAAAGAUGGAGAGACAUUGAGACUCUGUGAUACGACUGAAAACUUUGAGACCGGUUCACGAAGCUCUGAAGAGUUUAUUGUGAAGUGUUCUGAAACUCAGCUAGUGGCCCUCUACAUCACAGCAUACAAUCCGUUUCAAGUCCCUCCAGUUUUGAACGUGAUGAUGAACAACCGGCUGCAACAACGGGAUUAUUCCUUCAAGUCAAUAACCGAUCUUCACGGCUUUCAACGUGCCAUUGUUGGCUCGCAGGUUUUCUACGAACAGCCUGGAUCCCGUAGCCUUCUUUGUGCCCUGUCACUCACACAGCUCGGCAGCGAUUUAGAAGGUAGCGAUGUGCGAGUUCAGAUGUGGCUGGACAAGCCGCUCCGAAGGGUUGGGGAGGCGGCGGCAGCAUCACCCAAUCCCGGCGCAUCACCCAAUCCUGGGCUGACAUCACCAUUUCUGGGUUCCACCCCCACAGAAUCACUACGUCGUGACUCGCUGCCUCCAACAUCUCCCCGCCCCCGCGCAGCACCUACAUUCUCUUCGCUAAGCGUUUCUUCCUCCGGCUCAUCGUCCUCCAAUUCGAACCAGGAGGUUCUUGAAUUUCAUUCUCCAAAAUCCCCGCGGCUGAUGCUCUACUUCAAAGCUAAGGGCAGCGACAGAUGGAUCUUCGUCCAGAUCCAGAUGGACGAGCAACUCGUGAUACGACCCAAGCGCUGCUGCGGAAAUAAUAUGCGCCGGCUCUUCUCCUCUAGCGAGACCUGUUGCCGGCGCACCGUGCUAGAAUCCACCAAAGGAAAGAUCGAGGCGCUCAGGUUCUCCCCCGCUAAGGGAGAGCCCGAGUGGAUAGUCGAUGUUUUACAGGCCAGCCUUGCACGCGCUCGGAUGGGCGGCGAGAGGAUUGAUUUCAAGUACGUCACGAUCGACCAUAAGGAUGACAACGAGAAGAAGCGAUUCGGGAAGGCUUUCGAGGCAGGAAAGAAGUUGAGCGCCAUGCAAAGGUCGCGGACGAGAGCGCAGAUGACAGAGGCUCAGCAACAGGCGUAUCUCAGCGGGGGCGAUCCCGCAAGCAGACGGGGCUCGUCAGCUUCCCGCUCGAAUACGUGGUCUGGUGCUAGCGAGAAUGCUAGCUUGUGGAGUUCGAAUUCGGUUUGGCGUUAGGAGGGAAAGGGCUUUCAUUUUUCAGUUUUAUGUUUCAGGUGUAACUAUGGUUCAUUUGCUUUUGCUUUUGCGAUGUUUUACUGUAAUCUGUAGGCGCUGUGUGUAGGCUGGUGCUCGGUGUUGGGGAUUGAUGUUCAUGGUGUGGGAAUUAUACGAUUAGAUAAUUAUGUUGCUGGAUAUCUCAUUGUAUGGUGGAGCGGCGGUGUGCUUCGAUUUCAUUGGACUAUAGGGUAUAUCUAGUGGUAAUACGAUACGUUAUCGAG